UUCUACUAUUAGUACAGACUUGGCUAAUAUAACUCUCAAACUCUGAAGAGUUCAAGCGCCGUCUGCGAGCGAGAGAGAGAGAGAGACAGAACGGGAGAGAGAAAACCCUAAGCAAAGGCAGCCAUGUCGCUCGUUGCUAAUGAGGAGUUUCAGCACAUUCUUCGUGUCCUCAACACCAAUGUUGAUGGUAAGCAGAGGAUCAUGUUCGCCUUGACCUCCAUCAAGGGUAUCGGGCGCCGCUUCGCCAACAUCGUCUGCAAGAAGGCCGAUGUCGACAUGAACAAGAGUAGGGCCGGGGAGCUUUCUGCUGAUGAGAUCGAUAAGCUGAUGACAAUUGUUGCUAACCCUCGCCAGUUCAAGAUCCCAGACUGGUUCCUCAACAGGCAGAAGGACUACAAAGAUGGGAAGCACUCCCAGGUUGUCUCCAAUGCACUGGACAUGAAGUUGAGGGAUGAUCUUGAGAGGCUUAAGAAGAUCAGAAACCACCGUGGGCUGCGUCACUAUUGGGGCUUGAGAGUCCGUGGGCAGCACACCAAGACCACUGGCCGUAGGGGAAAAACUGUUGGUGUGUCCAAGAAGCGAUAAGCUGCUCCCAAUUUUCAGUGUUGGAUCCCCGAUGUUCUGAUGUUUUUGUUGUUUUGAGACCAAGUAGGGUUAUCUAUAUGGUUUGAGGAUUCAGAGUAUUGAUACAUGUUUCUGUGGUCUGUUGAAUGAAUUUAGAGGACUAGUUCCGUUGAAGUUAGUAUCCAUGUUUUUCUAUGAAUGUGAAACCGCCACAACACUUUGCUUCUGUGUUAUCUCAAUUUUAUCGUAAGGUUGUUGUGUUCUUUCUUGUCACUUCGUUCCGACAUUUCCAAACACAGAAUUGUGGCUCAUUUAUGAUUCGACUUAUGUUUAGAGAAAGUUCCCAGGUUGCUUUCUGUGUUUUCCUGUGCUGAUCUUUCAUAAUCAUAGGGUUGAAUCAGGAUGCUGCAACCCAAUAGAGGAAUUGUUAUUGAUACCUCU